AUACGUAUAAAAAAUUAUCUACAAAGCGAAAUCAAGGCACUAUGUACCUUUGUCUCCUUUAGCCCUUAGCCGCCUCGGUCAACCAUGCUUACUAACUCUCUCCUCUUCCUCUUUCUCUUUUUUUUCGCGCUCCCUUCGUCCGCCGUCGCCGACGUCGGCACCGCCGCCUCCUACGGCCCUCCCUACCUCCCUACUGCGUGCUACGGGAAUGAUCAGAGCCAGUUUCCGGUGGACGAAUUGUUCGCGGCGGCGGGGGAGGGGAUAUGGGACAACGGUGCGGCCUGCGGGAGGCAGUACCUGGUGCGGUGCCUCAGCGCGGCGACGCGGGGGGCCUGCGCCGAGGGGCAGCAGGUGAGCAUCGUCGUCGUCGACAGGGCCUCGAAGUUAGCGUCGCCGCCGUCGAGAAACGGGACCACGCUGGUGCUCAACACACAGGCUUAUGGCAUGAUCGCUAAUCUAUCCGUGGUGGGGAUUAACGUGGAGUACACUGAUCAAGUUUGAGCUGAAUGCAGAGAUUGCAAACCAGUCGAUCAAUUGUAAAGAAUUCAUGAAUUUCUCCACUUUCCGGGAAAUUGAUUCUGCAACAGUUUCUUGUUUCUGCAGCCAUUUGUUCACAUUUAUUCCUUUCUUCUGAGUAUAAAAUUACACAUGUUGCUGAAUGUCUUGCAUGUCAUUUCUAAUUUUAAAGCUUUUGCUUUUGUUCUAUUUCA